AUGUUUGGAAACGUGCCAAGACCACAUCGCUCGGAAGGUAGACCACAUCGCUCUAAAAUAUGGGCGGAAUGUAGACUACAUCGCUCGGAAGGUAGACCACAUCGCUCGGAAGGUAGACCACAUCGCUCUAAAAUAUCGGCGGAAGACCACAUCGCUCUAAAAUAUCGGCGGAAGGUAGACCACAUCGCUCGAAAGGUAGACCACAUCGCUAUAAAAUAUGGGCGGAAGGUAGACCACAUCGCUCGGAAGGUAGACCACAUCGCUCGAAAGGUAGACCACAUCGCUAUAAAAUAUGGGAGGAAGGUAGACCACAUCGCUCUAAAACAUGGGCGGAAUGUAGACCUCAACGCUCGGAAGGUAGACCACAUCGCUCUAAAAUAUGGGCGGAAGGUAGACCACAUUGCUCGAAAGGUAGACCACAUCGCCCGGAAGGUAGACCACAUCGCUCUGAAAUAUGGGCGGAAGGUAGACCACAUCGCUCGGAAGGUAGACCACAUCGCUCGGAAGGUAGACCACAUCGCUCUAAAAUAUCGACGGAAGGUAGACCACAUCACUCGGAAGGUAGACCACAUCGCUCUAAAAUAUGGGCGGAAGGUAGACCACAUCGCUUGGAAGGUAGGCUACAUCGCUCGGAAGGUUGACCACAUCGCUCUAAAAUAUGGGCGGAAGGUAGACCACAUCGCUCGGAAAGUAGACCACAUCGCUCUAAAAUAUGGGCGGAAGGUAGACCACAUCGCUCGGAAGGUAGACCACAUCGCUCUAGAAUAUGGGCGGAAUGUAGACCACAUCGCUCUAAAAUAUGGGCGGAAGGUAGACCACAUCGCUCGGAAGGUAGACCACAUCGCUCUAGAAUAUGGGCGGAAUGUAGACCACAUCGCUCGGAAGGUAGACCACAUCGUUCGGAAGGUAGACUACAUCGCUCUAAAAUAUGGGCGGAAGGUAGACCACAUCGCUCUAAAAUAUCGGCGGAAGGUAGACCACGUCGCUCGGAAGGUUGACCACAUCGUUCGGAAGGUAGACCACAUCGCUGGAAAGGUAGACCACAUCGCUCUAAAAUAUCGGCGGAAGGUAGACCACGUCGCUCUGAAGGUUGACCACAUCGUUCGGAAGGUAGACCACAUCGCUGGAAAGGUAGACCACAUCGCUCUAAAAUAUCGGCGGAAGGUAGACCACAUCGCUCGAAAGGUAGACCACAUCGCUAUAAAAUAUGGGCGGAAGGUAGACCACAUCGCUCGGAAGGUAGACCACAUCGCUCGAAAGGUAGACCACAUCGCUCUAAAACAUGGGCGGAAUGUAGACCUCAACGCUCGGAAGGUAGACCACAUCGCUCUAAAAUAUGGGCGGAAGGUAGACCACAUUGCUCGAAAGGUAGACCACAUCGCCCGGAAGGUAGACCACAUCGCUCUGAAAUAUGGGCGGAAGGUAGACCACAUCGCUCGGAAGGUAGACCACAUCGCUCGGAAGGUAGACCACAUCGCUCUAAAAUAUGGGCGGAAGGUAGACCACAUCGCUCGGAAGGUAGACCACAUCGCCCGGAAGGUAGACCACAUCGCUAUAAAAUAUGGGCGGAAGGCAGACCACAUCGCUCUAAAAUAUCGGCGGAAGGUAGACCACAUCGCUCGAAAGGUAGACCACAUCGCUAUAAAAUAUGGGCGGAAGGUAGACCACAUCGCUCGGAAGGUAGACCACAUCGCUCGAAAGGGAGACCACAUCGCUAUAAAAUAUGGGCGGAAAGUAGACCACAUCGCUUUAAAAUAUCGGCGGAAGGUAGACCACGUCGCUCUGAAGGUUGACCACAUCGUUCGGAAGGUAGACCACAUCGCUGGAAAGGUAGACCACAUCGCUCUAAAAUAUCGGCGGAAGGUAGACCACGUCGCUCGGAAAGUUGACCACAUCGUUCGGAAGGUAGACCACAUCGCUGGAAAGGUAGACCACAUCGCUCUAAAAUAUCGGCGGAAGGUAGACCACAUCGCUCGGAAAGUAGACCACAUCGCUCUAAAAUAUGGGCGGAAGGUAGACCACAUCGCUCGGAAGGUAGACCACAUCGCUCUAGAAUAUGGGCGGAAGGUAGACCACAUCGCUCUAAAAUAUCGGCGGAAGGUAGACCACGUCGCUCGGAAGGUUGACCACAUCGUUCGGAAGGUAGACCACAUCGCUGGAAAGGUAGACCACAUCGCUUUAAAAUAUCGGCGGAAGGUAGACCACGUCGCUCUGAAGGUUGACCACAUCGUUCGGAAGGUAGAUCACAUCGCUGGAAAGGUAGACCACAUCGCUCUAAAAUAUCGGCGGAAGGUAGACCACGUCGCUCGGAAGGUUGACCACAUCGUUCGGAAGGUAGACCACAUCGCUGGAAAGGUAGACCACAUCGCUCUAAAAUAUGGGCGGAAGGUAGACCACAUCGCUCGGAAAGUAGACCACAUCGCUCUAAAAUAUGGGCGGAAGGUAGACCACAUCGCUCGGAAGGUAGACCACAUCGCUCUAGAAUAUGGGCGGAAGGUAGACCACAUCGCUCUAAAAUAUCGGCGGAAGGUAGACCACGUCGAUCGGAAGGUUGACCACAUCGUUCGGAAGGUAGACCACAUCGCUGGAAAGGUAGACCACAUCGCUCUAAAAUAUCGGCGGAAGGUAGACCACGUCGCUCUGAAGGUUGACCACAUCGUUCGGAAGGUAGACCACAUCGCUGGAAAGGUAGACCACAUCGCUCUAAAAUAUCGGCGGAAGGUAGACCACGUCGCUCGGAAGGUUGACCACAUCGUUCGGAAGGUAGACCACAUCGCUGGAAAGAUAGACCACAUCGCUCUAAAAUAUCGGCGGAAGGUAGACCACAUCACUCGGAAGGUAGACCACAUCGCUCUAAAAUAUCGGCGGAAGGUAGACCACGUCGCUCGGAAGGUUGACCGCAUCGCCCGGAAGGUAGACCACAUCGCUAUAAAAUAUGGGCGGAAGGCAGACCACAUCGCUCUAAAAUAUCGGCGGAAGGUAGACCACAUCGCUCGAAAGGUAGACCACAUCGCUAUAAAAUAUGGGCGGAAGGUAGACCACAUCGCUCGGAAGGUAGACCACAUCGCUCGAAAGGGAGACCACAUCGCUAUAAAAUAUGGGCGGAAAGUAGACCACAUCGCUCUGAAAUAUGGGCGGAAUGUAGACAUCAACGCUCGGAAGGUAGACCACAUCGCUCUAAAAUAUGGGCGGAAGGUAGACCACAUUGCUCGAAAGGUAGACCACAUCGCCCGGAAGGUAGACCACAUCGCUCUGAAAUAUGGGCGGAAGGUAGACCACAUUGCUCGGAAGGUAGACCACAUGGCUCGGAAGGUAGACCACAUCGCUAUAAAAUAUGGGCGGAAGGUAGACAACAUCGCUCUAAAAUAUCGGCGGAAGGUAGACCACAUCGCUCGAAAGGUAGACCACAUCGCUAUAAAAUAUGGGCGGAAGGUAGACCACAUCGCUCGGAAGGUAGACCACAUCGCUCGAAAGGUAGACCACAUCGCUCUAAAACAUGGGCGGAAUGUAGACCUCAACGCUCGGAAGGUAGACCACAUCGCUCUAAAAUAUGGGCGGAAGGUAGACCACAUUGCUCGAAAGGUAGACCACAUCGCUCGGAAGGUAGACCACAUCGCUCUAAAAUAUCGGCGGAAGGUAGACCACGUCGCUCUGAAGGUUGACCACAUCGUUCGGAAGGUAGACCACAUCGCUGGAAAGGUAGACCACAUCGCUCUAAAAUAUCGGCGGAAGGUAGACCACGUCGCUCGGAAGGUUGACCACAUCGUUCGGAAGGUAGACCACAUCGCUGGAAAGAUAGACCACAUCGCUCUAAAAUAUCGGCGGAAGGUAGACCACAUCACUCGGAAGGUAGACCACAUCGCUCUAAAAUAUCGGCGGAAGGUAGACCACGUCGCUCGGAAGGUUGACCGCAUCGCCCGGAAGGUAGACCACAUCGCUAUAAAAUAUGGGCGGAAGGCAGACCACAUCGCUCUAAAAUAUCGGCGGAAGGUAGACCACAUCGCUCGAAAGGUAGACCACAUCGCUAUAAAAUAUGGGCGGAAGGUAGACCACAUCGCUCGGAAGGUAGACCACAUCGCUCGAAAGGGAGACCACAUCGCUAUAAAAUAUGGGCGGAAAGUAGACCACAUCGCUCUGAAAUAUGGGCGGAAUGUAGACAUCAACGCUCGGAAGGUAGACCACAUCGCUCUAAAAUAUGGGCGGAAGGUAGACCACAUUGCUCGAAAGGUAGACCACAUCGCCCGGAAGGUAGACCACAUCGCUCUGAAAUAUGGGCGGAAGGUAGACCACAUUGCUCGGAAGGUAGACCACAUGGCUCGGAAGGUAGAACACAUCGCUCUAAAUAUCGGCGGAAGACCACAUCGCUCGAAAAGUAGACCACAUCGCUAUAAAAUAUGGGCGGAAGGUAGACCACAUUGCUCGAAAGGUAGACCACAUCGCCCGGAAGGUAGACCACAUCGCUCUAAAAUAUGGGCGGAAGGUAGACCACAUCGCUCGGAAGGUAGACCACAUCGCUCUAAAAUAUGGGCGGAAGGUAGACCACAUUGCUCGGAAGGUAGACCACAUGGCUCGGAAGGUAGAACACAUCGCUCUAAAUAUCGGCGGAAGGUAGACCACAUCGCUCGAAAGGUAGACCACAUCGCUAUAAAAUAUGGGCGGAAGGUAGACCACAUCGCUCGGAAGGUAGACCACAUCGCUCGAAAGGUAGACCACAUCGCUCUAAAAUAUCGGCGGAAGGUAGACCACAUCACUCGGAAGGUAGACCACAUCGCUAUAAAAUAUGGGCGGAAGGUAGACAACAUCGCUCUAAAAUAUCGGCGGAAGGUAGACCACAUCGCUCGAAAGGUAGACCACAUCGCUAUAAAAUAUGGGCGGAAGGUAGACCACAUCGCUCGGAAGGUAGACCACAUCGCUCGAAAGGUAGACCACAUCGCUCUAAAACAUGGGCGGAAUGUAGACCUCAACGCUCGGAAGGUAGACCACAUCGCUCUAAAAUAUGGGCGGAAGGUAGACCACAUUGCUCGAAAGGUAGACCACAUCGCCCGGAAGGUAGACCACAUCGCUCUGAAAUAUGGGCGGAAGGUAGACCACAUCGCUCGGAAGGUAGACCACAUCGCUCGGAAGGUAGACCACAUCGCUCUAAAAUAUGGGCGGAAGGUAGACCACAUCGCUCGGAAAGUAGACCACAUCGCUCUAAAAUAUGGGCGGAAGGUAGACCACAUCGCUCGGAAGGUAGGCCACAUCGCUCUAAAAUAUGGGCGGAAGGUAGACCACAUCGCUCGGAAGGUAGACCACAUCGUUCGGAAGGUAGACUACAUCGCUCUAAAAUAUGGGCGGAAGGUAGACCACAUCGCUCGGAAGGUAGACCACAUCGCUCUAAAAUAUGGGCGGAAGGUAGACCACAUGGCUCGAAAGGUAGACCACAUCGCUCGGAAGGUAGACCACAUCGCUCGGAAGGUAGAACACAUCGCUCUAGAAUAUGGGCGGAAUGUAGACCACAUCGCUCGGAAGGUAGACCACAUCGCUCUAAAAUAUGGGCGGAAGGUAGACCACAUCGUUCGGAAGGUAGAUCACAUCGCUGGAAAGGUAGACCACAUCGCUCUAAAAUAUCGGCGGAAGGUAGACCACGUCGCUCGGAAGGUUGACCACAUCGUUCGGAAGGUAGACCACAUCGCUGGAAAGGUAGACCACAUCGCUCUAAAAUAUCGGCGGAAGGUAGACCACGUCGCUCUGAAGGUAGACCACAUCGCUAUAAAAUAUGGGCGGAAGGUAGACCACAUCGCUCGGAAGGUAGACCACAUCGCUCGGAAGGUAGACCACAUCGCUCUAAAAUAUCGGCGGAAGGUAGACCACAUCACUCGGAAGGUAGACCACAUCGCUAUAAAAUAUGGGCGGAAGGUAGACAACAUCGCUCUAAAAUAUCGGCGGAAGGUAGACCACAUCGCUCGAAAGGUAGACCACAUCGCUAUAAAAUAUGGGCGGAGGGUAGACCACAUCGCUCGGAAGGUAGACCACAUCGCUCUAAAAUAUGGGCGGAAGGUAGACCACAUCGCUCUAAAAUAUCGGCGGAAGGUAGACCACAUCACUCGGAAGGUAGACCACAUCGCUCUAAAAUAUCGGCGGAAGGUAGACCACGUCGCUCGGAAGGUUGACCGCAUCGCCCGGAAGGUAGACCACAUCGCUAUAAAAUAUGGGCGGAAGGCAGACCACAUCGCUCUAAAAUAUCGGCGGAAGGUAGACCACAUCGCUCGAAAGGUAGACCACAUCGCUAUAAAAUAUGGGCGGAAGGUAGACCACAUCGCUCGGAAGGUAGACCACAUCGCUCGAAAGGGAGACCACAUCGCUAUAAAAUAUGGGCGGAAAGUAGACCACAUCGCUCUGAAAUAUGGGCGGAAUGUAGACAUCAACGCUCGGAAGGUAGACCACAUCGCUCUAAAAUAUGGGCGGAAGGUAGACCACAUUGCUCGAAAGGUAGACCACAUCGCCCGGAAGGUAGACCACAUCGCUCUGAAAUAUGGGCGGAAGGUAGACCACAUUGCUCGGAAGGUAGACCACAUGGCUCGGAAGGUAGAACACAUCGCUCUAAAUAUCGGCGGAAGACCACAUUGCUCGGAAGGUAGACCACAUGGCUCGGAAGGUAGAACACAUCGCUCUAAAUAUCGGCGGAAGGUAGACCACAUCGCUCGAAAGGUAGACCACAUCGCUAUAAAAUAUGGGCGGAAGGUAGACCACAUCGCUCGGAAGGUAGACCACAUCGCUCGAAAGGUAGACCACAUCGCUCUAAAAUAUCGGCGGAAGGUAGACCACAUCACUCGGAAGGUAGACCACAUCGCUAUAAAAUAUGGGCGGAAGGUAGACAACAUCGCUCUAAAAUAUCGGCGGAAGGUAGACCACAUCGCUCGAAAGGUAGACCACAUCGCUAUAAAAUAUGGGCGGAAGGUAGACCACAUCGCUCGGAAGGUAGACCACAUCGCCCGGAAGGUAGACCACAUCGCUCUGAAAUAUGGGCGGAAGGUAGACCACAUUGCUCGGAAGGUAGACCACAUCGCUCGAAAGGUAGACCACAUCGCUCUAAAAUAUGGGCGGAAGGUAGACCACAUUGCUCGAAAGGUAGACCACAUCGCCCGGAAUGUAGACCACAUCGCUCUGAAAUAUGGGCGGAAGGUAGACCACGUCGCUCGGAAGGUUGACCACAUCGCUCUAAAAUAUGGGCGGAAGGUAGACCACAUCGCUCGGAAGGUAGACCACAUCGCUCUAAAAUAUGGGCGGAAGGUAGACCACAUUGCUCGAAAGGUAGACCACAUCGCCCGGAAUGUAGACCACAUCGCUCUGAAAUAUCGGCGGAAGGUAGACCACAUUGCUCGAAAGGUAGACCACAUCGCUCUAGAAUAUGGGCGGAAGGUAGACCACAUCGCUCUAAAAUAUCGGCGGAAGGUAGACCACGUCGCUCGGAAGGUUGACCACAUCGUUCGGAAGGUAGACCACAUCGCUGGAAAGGUAGACCACAUCGCUCUAAAAUAUCGGCGGAAGGUAGACCACGUCGCUCUGAAGGUUGACCACAUCGUUCGGAAGGUAGACCACAUCGCUGGAAAGGUAGACCACAUCGCUCUAAAAUAUCGGCGGAAGGUAGACCACGUCGCUCGGAAGGUUGACCACAUCGUUCGGAAGGUAGACCACAUCGCUGGAAAGGUAGACCACAUCGCUCUAAAAUAUCGGCGGAAGGUAGACCACAUCGCUGGAAAGGUAGACCACAUCGCUCUAAAAUAUCGGCGGAAGGUAGACCACAUUGCUCGAAAGGUAGACCACAUCGCUCGAAAGGUAGACCACAUCGCUCUAAAACAUGGGCGGAAUGUAGACCUCAACGCUCGGAAGGUAGACCACAUCGCUCUAAAAUAUGGGCGGAAGGUAGACCACAUUGCUCGAAAGGUAGACCACAUCGCUCGGAAGGUAGACCACAUCGCUCUAAAAUAUCGGCGGAAGGUAGACCACAUCACUCGGAAGGUAGACCACAUCGCUCUAAAAUAUCGGCGGAAGGUAGACCACGUCGCUCGGAAGGUUGACCACAUCGCUCUAAAAUAUGGGCGGAAGGUAGACCACAUCGCUCGGAAGGUAGACCACAUCGCUCUAAAAUAUGGGCGGAAGGUAGACCACAUUGCUCGAAAGGUAGACCACAUCGCCCGGAAUGUAGACCACAUCGCUCUGAAAUAUGGGCGGAAGGUAGACCACAUUGCUCGGAAGGUAGACCACAUCGCUCGAAAGGUAGACCACAUCGCUCUAAAAUAUCGGCGGAAGGUAGACCACGUCGCUCGAAAGGUAGACCACAUCGCUCUAAAAUAUCGGCGGAAGGUAGACCACGUCGCUCGGAAGGUUGACCACAUCGCUCUAAAAUAUGGGCGGAAGGUAGACCACAUCGCUCGGAAGGUAGACCACAUCGCUCUAAAAUAUGGGCGGAAGGUAGACCACAUUGCUCGAAAGGUAGACCACAUCGCCCGGAAUGUAGACCACAUCGCUCUGAAAUAUGGGCGGAAGGUAGACCACGUCGCUCGGAAGGUUGACCACAUCGCUCUAAAAUAUCGGCGGAAGGUAGACCACGUCGCUCUGAAGGUUGACCACAUCGUUCGGAAGGUAGAUCACAUCGCUGGAAAGGUAGACCACAUCGCUCUAAAAUAUCGGCGGAAGGUAGACCACGUCGCUCGGAAGGUUGACCACAUCGUUCGGAAGGUAGACCACAUCGCUGGAAAGGUAGACCACAUCGCUCUAAAAUAUGGGCGGAAGGUAGACCACAUCGCUCGGAAAGUAGACCACAUCGCUCUAAAAUAUGGGCGGAAGGUAGACCACAUCGCUCGGAAGGUAGACCACAUCGCUCUAGAAUAUGGGCGGAAUGUAGACCACAUCGCUCGGAAGGUAGACCACAUCGUUCGGAAGGUAGACUACAUCGCUCUAAAAUAUGGGCGGAAGGUAGACCACAUCGCUCUAAAAUAUCGGCGGAAGGUAGACCACGUCGCUCUGAAGGUUGACCACAUCGUUCGGAAGGUAGAUCACAUCGCUGGAAAGGUAGACCACAUCGCUCUAAAAUAUGGGCGGAAGGUAGACCACGUCGCUCGGAAGGUUGACCACAUCGUUCGGAAGGUAGACCACAUCGCUGGAAAGGUAGACCACAUCGCUCUAAAAUAUGGGCGGAAGGUAGACCACAUCGCUCGGAAAGUAGACCACAUCGCUCUAAAAUAUGGGCGGAAGGUAGACCACAUCGCUCGGAAGGUAGACAACAUCGCUCUAGAAUAUGGGCGGAAGGUAGACCACAUCGCUCUAAAAUAUCGGCGGAAGGUAGACCACGUCGCUCGGAAGGUUGACCACAUCGUUCGGAAGGUAGACCACAUCGCUGGAAAGGUAGACCACAUCGCUCUAAAAUAUCGGCGGAAGGUAGACCACGUCGCUCUGAAGGUUGACCACAUCGUUCGGAAGGUAGACCACAUCGCUGGAAAGGUAGACCACAUCGCUCUAAAAUAUCGGCGGAAGGUAGACCACGUCGCUCGGAAGGUUGACCACAUCGUUCGGAAGGUAGACCACAUCGCUGGAAAGGUAGACCACAUCGCUCUAAAAUAUCGGCGGAAGGUAGACCACAUCGCUGGAAAGGUAGACCACAUCGCUCUAAAAUAUCGGCGGAAGGUAGACCACAUUGCUCGAAAGGUAGACCGCAUCGCCCGGAAGGUAGACCACAUCGCUAUAAAAUAUGGGCGGAAGGCAGACCACAUCGCUCUAAAAUAUCGGCGGAAGGUAGACCACAUCGCUCGAAAGGUAGACCACAUCGCUAUAAAAUAUGGGCGGAAGGUAGACCACAUCGCUCGGAAGGUAGACCACAUCGCUCGAAAGGGAGACCACAUCGCUAUAAAAUAUGGGCGGAAAGUAGACCACAUCGCUCUGAAAUAUGGGCGGAAUGUAGACAUCAACGCUCGGAAGGUAGACCACAUCGCUCUAAAAUAUGGGCGGAAGGUAGACCACAUUGCUCGAAAGGUAGACCACAUCGCCCGGAAGGUAGACCACAUCGCUCUGAAAUAUGGGCGGAAGGUAGACCACAUUGCUCGGAAGGUAGACCACAUGGCUCGGAAGGUAGAACACAUCGCUCUAAAUAUCGGCGGAAGACCACAUUGCUCGGAAGGUAGACCACAUGGCUCGGAAGGUAGAACACAUCGCUCUAAAUAUCGGCGGAAGGUAGACCACAUCGCUCGAAAGGUAGACCACAUCGCUAUAAAAUAUGGGCGGAAGGUAGACCACAUCGCUCGGAAGGUAGACCACAUCGCUCGAAAGGUAGACCACAUCGCUCUAAAAUAUCGGCGGAAGGUAGACCACAUCACUCGGAAGGUAGACCACAUCGCUAUAAAAUAUGGGCGGAAGGUAGACAACAUCGCUCUAAAAUAUCGGCGGAAUGUAGACCACAUCGCUCGAAAGGUAGACCACAUCGCUAUAAAAUAUGGGCGGAAGGUAGACCACAUCGCUCGGAAGGUAGACCACAUCGCUCGAAAGGUAGACCACAUCGCUCUAAAACAUGGGCGGAAUGUAGACCUCAACGCUCGGAAGGUAGACCACAUCGCUCUAAAAUAUGGGCGGAAGGUAGACCACAUUGCUCGAAAGGUAGACCACAUCGCCCGGAAGGUAGACCACAUCGCUCUGAAAUAUGGGCGGAAGGUAGACCACAUCGCUCGGAAGGUAGACCACAUCGCUCGGAAGGUAGACCACAUCGCUCUAAAAUAUGGGCGGAAGGUAGACCACAUCGCUCGGAAAGUAGACCACAUCGCUCUAAAAUAUGGGCGGAAGGUAGACCACAUCGCUCGGAAGGUAGGCCACAUCGCUCUAAAAUAUGGGCGGAAGGUAGAUCACAUCGCUCGGAAGGUAGACCACAUCGUUCGGAAGGUAGACUACAUCGCUCUAAAAUAUGGGCGGAAGGUAGACCACAUCGCUCGGAAGGUAGACCACAUCGCUCUAAAAUAUGGGCGGAAGGUAGACCACAUGGCUCGAAAGGUAGACCACAUCGCUCGGAAGGUAGACCACAUCGCUCGGAAGGUAGAACACAUCGCUCUAGAAUAUGGGCGGAAUGUAGACCACAUCGCUCGGAAGGUAGACCACAUCGCUCUAAAAUAUGGGCGGAAGGUAGACCACAUCGUUCGGAAGGUAGAUCACAUCGCUGGAAAGGUAGACCACAUCGCUCUAAAAUAUCGGCGGAAGGUAGACCACGUCGCUCGGAAGGUUGACCACAUCGUUCGGAAGGUAGACCACAUCGCUGGAAAGGUAGACCACAUCGCUCUAAAAUAUCGGCGGAAGGUAGACCACGUCGCUCUGAAGGUAGACCACAUCGCUAUAAAAUAUGGGCGGAAGGUAGACCACAUCGCUCGGAAGGUAGACCACAUCGCUCGGAAGGUAGACCACAUCGCUCUAAAAUAUCGGCGGAAGGUAGACCACAUCACUCGGAAGGUAGACCACAUCGCUAUAAAAUAUGGGCGGAAGGUAGACAACAUCGCUCUAAAAUAUCGGCGGAAGGUAGACCACAUCGCUCGAAAGGUAGACCACAUCGCUAUAAAAUAUGGGCGGAGGGUAGACCACAUUGCUCGGAAGGUAGACCACAUCGCUCUAAAAUAUGGGCGGAAGGUAGACCACAUCGCUGGAAAGGUAGACCACAUCGCUCUAAAAUAUGGGCGGAAGGUAGACCACAUCGCUCGGAAAGUAGACCACAUCGCUCUAAAAUAUGGGCGGAAGGUAGACCACAUCGCUCGGAAGGUAGACCACAUCGCUCUAGAAUAUGGGCGGAAGGUAGACCACAUCGCUCUAAAAUAUCGGCGGAAGGUAGACCACGUCGCUCGGAAGGUUGACCACAUCGUUCGGAAGGUAGACCACAUCGCUGGAAAGGUAGACCACAUCGCUCUAAAAUAUCGGCGGAAGGUAGACCACGUCGCUCUGAAGGUUGACCACAUCGUUCGGAAGGUAGACCACAUCGCUGGAAAGGUAGACCACAUCGCUCUAAAAUAUCGGCGGAAGGUAGACCACGUCGCUCGGAAGGUUGACCACAUCGUUCGGAAGGUAGACCACAUCGCUGGAAAGGUAGACCACAUCGCUCUAAAAUAUCGGCGGAAGGUAGACCACAUCGCUGGAAAGGUAGACCACAUCGCUCUAAAAUAUCGGCGGAAGGUAGACCACAUUGCUCGAAAGGUAGACCGCAUCGCCCGGAAGGUAGACCACAUCGCUAUAAAAUAUGGGCGGAAGGCAGACCACAUCGCUCUAAAAUAUCGGCGGAAGGUAGACCACAUCGCUCGAAAGGUAGACCACAUCGCUAUAAAAUAUGGGCGGAAGGUAGACCACAUCGCUCGGAAGGUAGACCACAUCGCUCGAAAGGGAGACCACAUCGCUAUAAAAUAUGGGCGGAAAGUAGACCACAUCGCUCUGAAAUAUGGGCGGAAUGUAGACAUCAACGCUCGGAAGGUAGACCAUAUCGCUCUAAAAUAUGGGCGGAAGGUAGACCACAUUGCUCGAAAGGUAGACCACAUCGCCCGGAAGGUAGACCACAUCGCUCUGAAAUAUGGGCGGAAGGUAGACCACAUUGCUCGGAAGGUAGACCACAUGGCUCGGAAGGUAGAACACAUCGCUCUAAAUAUCGGCGGAAGACAACAUCGCUCUAAAAUAUCGGCGGAAGGUAGACCACAUCGCUCGAAAGGUAGACCACAUCGCUAUAAAAUAUGGGCGGAAGGUAGACCACAUCGCUCGGAAGGUAGACCACAUCGCUCUAAAACAUGGGCGGAAUGUAGACCUCAACGCUCGGAAGGUAGACCACAUCGCUCUAAAAUAUGGGCGGAAGGUAGACCACAUUGCUCGAAAGGUAGACCACAUCGCCCGGAAGGUAGACCACAUCGCUCUGAAAUAUGGGCGGAAGGUAGACCACAUCGCUCGGAAGGUAGACCACAUCGCUCGGAAGGUAAACCACAUCGCUCUAAAAUAUCGGCGGAAGGUAGACCACAUCACUCGGAAGGUAGACCACAUCGCUAUAAAAUAUGGGCGGAAGGUAGACAACAUCGCUCUAAAAUAUCGGCGGAAGGUAGACCACAUCGCUCGAAAGGUAGACCACAUCGCUAUAAAAUAUGGGCGGAAGGUAGACCACAUCGCUCGGAAGGUAGACCACAUCGCUCGAAAGGUAGACCACAUCGCUCUAAAACAUGGGCGGAAUGUAGACCUCAACGCUCGGAAGGUAGACCACAUCGCUCUAAAAUAUGGGCGGAAGGUAGACCACAUCGCUCGGAAGGUAGACCACAUCGCUCGGAAGGUAGACCACAUCGCUCUAAAAUAUCGGCGGAAGGUAGACCACAUCACUCGAAAGGUAGACCGCAUCGCCCGGAAGGUAGACCACAUCGCUAUAAAAUAUGGGCGGAAGGUAGACCACAUCGCUCGGAAGGUAGACCACAUCGCUCGAAAGGGAGACCACAUCGCUAUAAAAUAUGGGCGGAAAGUAGACCACAUCGCUCUGAAAUAUGCGCGGAAUGUAGACAUCAACGCUCGGAAGGUAGACCACAUCGCUCUAAAAUAUGGGCGGAAGGUAGACCACAUUGCUCGAAAGGUAGACCACAUCGCCCGGAAGGUAGACCACAUCGCUCUGAAAUAUGGGCGGAAGGUAGACCACAUUGCUCGGAAGGUAGACCACAUGGCUCGGAAGGUAGAACACAUCGCUCUAAAUAUCGGCGGAAGGUAGACCACAUCGCUCGAAAGGUAGACCACAUCGCUAUAAAAUAUGGGCGGAAGGUAGACAACAUCGCUCUAAAAUAUCGGCGGAAGGUAGACCACAUCGCUCGAAAGGUAGACCACAUCGCUAUAAAAUAUGGGCGGAAGGUAGACCACAUCGCUCGGAAGGUAGACCACAUCGCUCGAAAGGUAGACCACAUCGCUCUAAAACAUGGGCGGAAUGUAGACCUCAACGCUCGGAAGGUAGACCACAUCGCUCUAAAAUAUGGGCGGAAGGUAGACCACAUUGCUCGAAAGGUAGACCACAUCGCCCGGAAGGUAGACCACAUCGCUCUGAAAUAUGGGCGGAAGGUAGACCACAUCGCUCGGAAGGUAGACCACAUCGCUCGGAAGGUAGACCACAUCGCUCUAAAAUAUCGGCGGAAGGUAGACCACAUCACUCGGAAGGUAGACCACAUCGCUCUAAAAUAUCGGCGGAAGGUAGACCACGUCGCUCGGAAGGUUGACCACAUCGUUCGGAAGGUUGACCACAUCGCUCUAAAAUAUGGGCGGAAGGUAGACCACAUCGCUCGGAAAGUAGACCACAUCGCUCUAAAAUAUGGGCGGAAGGUAGGCUACAUCGCUCGGAAGGUUGACCACAUCCCUCUAAAAUAUGGGCGGAAUGUAGACCACAUUGCUCGGAAAGUAGACCACAUCGCUCUAAAAUAUCGGCGGAAGGUAGACCACAUCGCUCGGAAGGUUGACGACAUCGCUCUAAAAUUUGGGCGGAAGGUAGACCACAUCGCUCGGAAGGUAGACCACAUCGUUCGGAAGGUAGACCACAUCGCUCUAAAACAUGGGAAGGUAGACCUCAACGCUCGGAAGGUAGACCACAUCGCUUUAAAACAUGGGAAGGUAGACCUCAACGCUCGGAAGGUAGACCACAUCGCUUUAAAAUAUGGGCGGAAGGUAGACCAGGUCGCUUGGAAGGUAAGCUACAUCGCUCGGAAGGUUGACCACAUCCCUCUAAAAUAUGGGCGGAAGGUAGACCACAUCGCUCGGAAAGUAGACCACAUCGCUCCAAAAUAUGGGCGGAAGGUAGACCACAUCGCUCGGAAGGUUGACGACAUCGCUCUAAAAUUUGGGCGAAAGGUAGACCACAUCGCUCGGAAGGUAGACCACAUCGUUCGGAAGGUAGACUACAUCGCUUUAAAAUAUGGGCGGAAGGUAGACCACAUCGCUUGGAAGGUAGGCUACAUCGCUCGGAAGGUUGACCACAUCCCUCUAAAAUAUGGGCGGAAGGUAAACCACAUCGCUCGGAAAGUAGACCACAUCGCUCUAAAAUAUCGGCGGAAGGUAGACCACGUCGCUCUGAAGGUUGACCACAUCGUUCGGAAGAUAGACCACAUCGCUGGAAAGGUAGACCACAUCGCUCUAAAACAUGGGAAGGUAGACCUCAACGCUCGGAAGGUAGACCACAUCGCUUUAAAAUAUGGGCGGAAGGUAGACCACAUCGCUUGGAAGGUAGACCACAUCGCUCUAAAAUAUGGGCGGAAGGUAGACCACAUCGCUCGGAAGGUAGACCACAUUGCACGGAAGGUAGACCACAUGGCUCGGAAGGUAGAACACAUCGCUCUAAAAUAUCGGAGGAAGGUAGACCACAUCGCUGGAAAGGUAGACCACAUCGCUAUAAAGUAUGGGCGGAAGGUAGACCACGUCGCUCGGAAGCUUGACCACAUCGUUCGGAAGGUAGACCACAUCGCUCGGAAGGUUGACCACAUCGCUCUAAAAUAUGGGCGGAAGGUAGACCUUAUCGCUCGGAGGGCAGACCACAUCGCUCUAAAAUAUGGGCGGAAGGUAGACCACAUCGCUCGGAAGGUAGACCACAUCGCUCGCAAGGUAGACCACAUCGCUGUAAAAUAUGGGCGGAAGGUAGACCACAUCGCUCUAAAAUAUCGGCGGAAGGUAGACCACGUCGCUCUGAAGGUUGACCACAUCGUUCGGAAGGUAGACCACAUCGCUCUAAAACAUGGGAAGGUAGACCUCAACGCUCGGAAGGUAGACCACAUCGCUUUAAAAUAUGGGCGGAAGGUAGACCACAUCGCUCGGAAGGUAGACCACAUCGCUCGCAAGGUAGACCACAUCGCUGUAAAAUAUGGGCGGAAGGUAGACCACAUCGCUCUAAAAUAUCGGCGGAAGGUAGACCACAUCGCUCGGAAGGUAGACCACAUCGCUCGCAAGGUAGAUCACAUCGCUGUAAAAUAUGGGCGGAAGGUAGACCACAUCGCUCUAAAAUAUCGGCGGAAGGUUGACCACAUCGUUCGGAAGGUAGACCACAUCGCUGGAAAGGUAGACCACAUCGCUCUAAAACAUGGGAAGGUAGACCUCAACGCUCGGAAGGUAGACCACAUCGCUUUAAAAUAUGGGCGGAAGGUAGACCACAUCGCUUGGAAGGUAGGCUACAUCGCUCGGAAGGUUGACCACAUCCCUCUAAAAUAUGGGCGGAAGGUAGACCACAUCGCUCGGAAAGUAGACCACAUCGCUCUAAAAUAUGGGCGGAAGGUAGACCACAUCGCUCGGAAGGUAGACCACAUUGCACGGAAGGUAGACCACAUGGCUCGGAAGGUAGAACACAUCGCUCUAAAAUAUCGGAGGAAGGUAGACCACAUCGCUGGAAAGGUAGACCACAUCGCUAUAAAGUAUGGGCGGAAGGUAGACCACGUCGCUCGGAAGCUUGACCACAUCGUUCGGAAGGUAGACCACAUCGCUCGGAAGGUUGACCACAUCGCUCUAAAAUAUGGGCGGAAGGUAGACCUUAUCGCUCGGAGGGCAGACCACAUCGCUCUAAAAUAUGGGCGGAAGGUAGACCUUAUCGCUCGGAGGGCAGACCACAUCGCUCUAAAAUAUGGGCGGAAGGUAGACCACAUCGCUCGGAAGGUAGACCACAUCGCUCGCAAGGUAGACCACAUCGCUGUAAAAUAUGGGCGGAAGGUAGACCACAUCGCUCUAAAAUAUCGGCGGAAGGUAGACCACGUCGCUCUGAAGGUUGACCACAUCGUUCGGAAGGUAGACCACAUCGCUCUAAAACAUGGGAAGGUAGACCUCAACGCUCGGAAGGUAGACCACAUCGCUUUAAAAUAUGGGCGGAAGGUAGACCACAUCGCUCGGAAGGUAGACCACAUCGCUCGCAAGGUAGACCACAUCGCUGUAAAAUAUGGGCGGAAGGUAGACCACAUCGCUCUAAAAUAUCGGCGGAAGGUAGACCACAUCGCUCGGAAGGUAGACCACAUCGCUCGCAAGGUAGAUCACAUCGCUGUAAAAUAUGGGCGGAAGGUAGACCACAUCGCUCUAAAAUAUCGGCGGAAGGUUGACCACAUCGUUCGGAAGGUAGACCACAUCGCUGGAAAGGUAGACCACAUCGCUCUAAAACAUGGGAAGGUAGACCUCAACGCUCGGAAGGUAGACCACAUCGCUUUAAAAUAUGGGCGGAAGGUAGACCACAUCGCUUGGAAGGUAGGCUACAUCGCUCGGAAGGUUGACCACAUCCCUCUAAAAUAUGGGCGGAAGGUAGACCACAUCGCUCGGAAAGUAGACCACAUCGCUCUAAAAUAUGGGCGGAAGGUAGACCACAUCGCUCGGAAGGUAGACCACAUUGCACGGAAGGUAGACCACAUGGCUCGGAAGGUAGAACACAUCGCUCUAAAAUAUCGGAGGAAGGUAGACCACAUCGCUGGAAAGGUAGACCACAUCGCUAUAAAGUAUGGGCGGAAGGUAGACCACGUCGCUCGGAAGCUUGACCACAUCGUUCGGAAGGUAGACCACAUCGCUCGGAAGGUUGACCACAUCGCUCUAAAAUAUGGGCGGAAGGUAGACCUUAUCGCUCGGAGGGCAGACCACAUCGCUCUAAAAUAUGGGCGGAAGGUAGACCACAUCGCUCGGAAGGUAGACCACAUCGCUCGCAAGGUAGACCACAUCGCUGUAAAAUAUGGGCGGAAGGUAGACCACAUCGCUCUAAAAUAUCGGCGGAAGGUAGACCACGUCGCUCUGAAGGUUGACCACAUCGUUCGGAAGGUAGACCACAUCGCUGGAAAGGUCGACCACAUCGCUCUAAAACAUGGGAAGGUAGACCUCAACGCUCGGAAGGUAGACCACAUCGCUUUAAAAUAUGGGCGGAAGGUAGACCACGUCGCUUGGAAGGUAGGCUACAUCGCUCGGAAGGUUGACCACAUCCCUCUAAAAUAUGGGCGGAAGGUAGACCACAUCGCUCGGAAAGUAGACCACAUCGCUCUAAAAUAUGGGCGGAAGGUGGACCACAUCGCUCGGAAGGUUGACGACAUCGCUCUAAAAUUUGGGCGGAAGGUAGACCACAUCGCUCGGAAGGUAGACCACAUCGUUCGGAAGGUAGACCACAUCGCUGGAAAGGUAGACCACAUCGCUCUAAAAUAUCGGCGGAAGGUAGACCACAUCGCUGGAAAGGUAGACCACAUCGCUCUAAAAUAUCGGCGGAAGGUAGACCACGUCGCUCUGAAGGUUGACCACAUCGUUCGGAAUUUAGACCACAUCGCUGGAAAGGUAGACCACAUCGCUCUAAAACAUGGGCGGAAGGUAGACCUCAACGCUCGGAAGGUAGACCACAUCGCUUUAAAAUAUGGGCGGAAGGUAGACCACAUCGCUUGGAAGGUAGGCUACAUCGCUCGGAAGGUUGACCACAUCCCUCUAAAAUAUGGGCGGAAGGUAGACCACAUCGCUCGGAAAGUAGACCACAUCGCUCUAAAAUAUGGGCGGAAGGUAGACCACAUCGCUCGGAAGGUAGACCACAUUGCACGGAAGGUAGACCACAUGGCUCGGAAGGUAGAACACAUCGCUCUAAAAUAUCGGAGGAAGGUAGACCACAUCGCUGGAAAGGUAGACCACAUCGCUAUAAAGUAUGGGCGGAAGGUAGACCACGUCGCUCGGAAGCUUGACCACAUCGUUCGGAAGGUAGACCACAUCGCUCGGAAGGUUGACCACAUCGCUCUAAAAUAUGGGCGGAAGGUAGACCUUAUCGCUCGGAGGGCAGACCACAUCGCUCUAAAAUAUGGGCGGAAGGUAGACCACAUCGCUCGGAAGGUAGACCACAUCGCUCGCAAGGUAGACCACAUCGCUGUAAAAUAUGGGCGGAAGGUAGACCACAUCGCUCUAAAAUAUCGGCGGAAGGUAGACCACGUCGCUCUGAAGGUUGACCACAUCGUUCGGAAGGUAGACCACAUCGCUGGAAAGGUCGACCACAUCGCUCUAAAACAUGGGAAGGUAGACCUCAACGCUCGGAAGGUAGACCACAUCGCUUUAAAAUAUGGGCGGAAGGUAGACCACGUCGCUUGGAAGGUAGGCUACAUCGCUCGGAAGGUUGACCACAUCCCUCUAAAAUAUGGGCGGAAGGUAGACCACAUCGCUCGGAAAGUAGACCACAUCGCUCUAAAAUAUGGGCGGAAGGUGGACCACAUCGCUCGGAAGGUUGACGACAUCGCUCUAAAAUUUGGGCGGAAGGUAGACCACAUCGCUCGGAAGGUAGACCACAUCGUUCGGAAGGUAGACCACAUCGCUGGAAAGGUAGACCACAUCGCUCUAAAAUAUCGGCGGAAGGUAGACCACAUCGCUGGAAAGGUAGACCACAUCGCUCUAAAAUAUCGGCGGAAGGUAGACCACGUCGCUCUGAAGGUUGACCACAUCGUUCGGAAUUUAGACCACAUCGCUGGAAAGGUAGACCACAUCGCUCUAAAACAUGGGCGGAAGGUAGACCUCAACGCUCGGAAGGUAGACCACAUCGCUUUAAAAUAUGGGCGGAAGGUAGACCACGUCGCUUGGAAGGUAGACCACAUGGCUCGAAAGGUAGACCACAUCGCUCGGAAGGUAGACCCCAUCGCUCGGAAGGUAGAACACAUCGCUCUAAAAUAUCGGCGGAAGGUAGACCACAUUGCUCGGAAGGUAGACCACAUGGCUCGGAAGGUAGACCACAUGGCUCGGAAGGUAGACCACAUCGCUCGGAAGGUAGACCACAUCGCUCGAAAGGUAGAACACAUCGCUCUAAAAUAUCGGCGGAAGGUAGACCACAUCGCUCGGAAGGUAGACCACAUCGCUCGCAAGGUAGACCACAUCGCUGUAAAAUAUGGGCGGAAGGUAGACCACAUCGCUCUAAAAUAUCGGCGGAAGGUAGACCACGUCGCUCUGAAGGUUGACCACAUCGUUCGGAAGGUAGACCACAUCGCUGGAAAGGUCGACCACAUCGCUCUAAAACAUGGGAAGGUAGACCUCAACGCUCGGAAGGUAGACCACAUCGCUUUAAAAUAUGGGCGGAAGGUAGACCACGUCGCUUGGAAGGUAGGCUACAUCGCUCGGAAGGUUGACCACAUCCCUCUAAAAUAUGGGCGGAAGGUAGACCACAUCGCUCGGAAAGUAGACCACAUCGCUCUAAAAUAUGGGCGGAAGGUGGACCACAUCGCUCGGAAGGUUGACGACAUCGCUCUAAAAUUUGGGCGGAAGGUAGACCACAUCGCUCGGAAGGUAGACCACAUCGUUCGGAAGGUAGACCACAUCGCUGGAAAGGUAGACCACAUCGCUCUAAAAUAUCGGCGGAAGGUAGACCACAUCGCUGGAAAGGUAGACCACAUCGCUCUAAAAUAUCGGCGGAAGGUAGACCACGUCGCUCUGAAGGUUGACCACAUCGUUCGGAAUUUAGACCACAUCGCUGGAAAGGUAGACCACAUCGCUCUAAAACAUGGGCGGAAGGUAGACCUCAACGCUCGGAAGGUAGACCACAUCGCUUUAAAAUAUGGGCGGAAGGUAGACCACGUCGCUUGGAAGGUAGACCACAUGGCUCGAAAGGUAGACCACAUCGCUCGGAAGGUAGACCCCAUCGCUCGGAAGGUAGAACACAUCGCUCUAAAAUAUCGGCGGAAGGUAGACCACAUUGCUCGGAAGGUAGACCACAUGGCUCGGAAGGUAGACCACAUGGCUCGGAAGGUAGACCACAUCGCUCGGAAGGUAGACCACAUCGCUCGAAAGGUAGAACACAUCGCUCUAAAAUAUCGGCGGAAGGUAGACCACAUCACUCGUAAGGUAGACCACAUCGCUAUAAAAUAUGGGCAGAAGGUAGACCACAUCGCUCGGAAGGUAGACCACAUCGCUCGGAAGGUAGACCACAUCGCUCUAAAAUAUCGGCGGAAGGUAGACCACAUCGCUCGAAAGGUAGACCACAUCGCUGUAAAAUAUGGGCGGAAGGUAGACCACAUCGCUCGGAAGGUAGACCACAUCACUCGGAAGGUAGACCACUUCGUUCUAAAAUAUGGGCGGAAGGUAGACCACAUCGCUUGGAAGGUAGGCUACAUCGCUCGGAAGGUUGACCACAUCCCUCUAAAAUAUGGGCGGAAGGUAGACCACAUUGCUCCGAAAGUAGACCACAUCGCUCUAAAAUAUCGGCGGAAGGUAGACCACAUCGCUCGGAAGGUUGACCACAUCGCUCUAAAAUAUGGGCGGUAG